AUGAAAUUGUGCUUCAAAAAUAUAUUUGAACAUAUAAUUCGUGUAUUUGACAUCCUUUCGAUGCUGUCAUAUUCUCAUCAUUUUUGCUAUUUUAGGAAAAAUUUCCUUAGAAAAGUACAACUUGUCAAGAGACAUCGCUGCCCGAACAAUCGAAAUGCUAGCUCAAUUUGCAUCGGAACUUCAAAUCAAAAUACUUUUUAUAAAAAGGAGUAUGCCGUAAUCACCGGUGAUAAUCAACCAAAAGUAAUCAGGAAACCCGAGAAAUCUUCCGUUAAAGAUCACAUUGAUCUCAGUGAUGGAUGCAUGAUCAGUAGUGUUAUCAGUGAAAGUCAAUACGCACAAGAAGGCGCAAAAUUUGCAGCAAAUGAAAAUGCAAAUGUGGCGCAAUUUCACACAGAUGCAAAAGAGAAAGCUGUGAAUACUACGCGUAUAACUUCGAGUGUUUUACGACGUCGAAAUUAUGAAUCCUCGAUUGUUUUCGGAAGUGAGAAGGACAACAGUCAACCAAAUGGAGGCAGAGAAAAUAAUUUUGCCCGUGAAAGGUCAUUACGUCAGUACUCUAGCAACUAUGAAGAUCCUUUCAACGGUGACAAUAAACAUUCAGUUCUAGUUGGACGUCGAAAAGACCGACCAACUGAGACACGUGAUAACGUUGGCUUGAUUUUGCAAUCGAUUGAUGUUAGCAGUUUAAUUUUUGUUUAG